AUGGAGUCCCUUCCCACCUUACAGGCUAUAUCGGGUCAGUAUGGACUAGAGUCCACUGUCGCGGAGUCCGUUGCAAGAGGGCCCGCAAGCCUCGCCAUCUGCCGAAGAGCGCUGUGGGCCUCUCAAGCCUGCGCAGCUCCCAGCCAGCCAGUCGGUUCGUUUACCCGUUUUGUCUCUUCCGUCCUUGGGCAUCCACCCACCACCCCACAUCGCCACAGUCUAGCGCACGGGUCUGGCAGACUGUCUGCCAAGGAGCGGGGGCCGCCCGUCUGGCACCGGGGCGAAUCCCGUCGCCGCUCGACUGUGAUGCGGCAGCCGAGGGGAGGGAGCGAGUCCGGCUUCAUUCAGCUCGCCUUCGAGGGGGCGCGGCGCUGGGGGGAUGCAGGGACCAGCAGCGGCGCGCCCGGCCUGGCGGAGGAGCCCCCGGAGGGCAGCUUGCCCUGUCCCCCAAGCGGUUCAGAUUCCCCUAACCCCCAACUGGGCAAAGAGUUUCAGAGCAAUAUGUUUGUGGACGUGGACACUCAUCAGAGAAAGGAGGAUUUUGCUGCUUUGGAGACAAUCUGGAUGAGGAACUGUGUCCCCUAUCAGAACAAGAUUCACACAGACAUCUACCCAGACACAGUAGCAAUACAGACCACUGGAUCAGACUUCAGCAUCUGCUUCUCCUUCGUGUAUGGAGUGGAUGCGGACCAGAACGGGGACAGCUGCAGGAAAGCAAAGUUCAUGUAUCCUGCUGUCUACUCAGGUGCCAAGAAUCUGGCCUGGCUAAAGUUACACAAAGGUUUCAGCAGCUUCCAGACUGGAUUACAGCAGUGGUCCCUGUAUGGGACUGCCUUUGACAAAGCUCUCAAAGUUCUGGUGUUUGACCAGAGUUCCUAUCCUAUCUGGGAAGAUUUCAACUCCAAGGCAACGAAACUCCACUCCCAACUGCGGACUACAGUGCUGGCUGCAGUAGCCUUCCUGGAUGCCUUCCAGAAAGUGGCAGACAUGGCCACCAACACGCGAGGAGCGACAAGAGACAUUGGCUCAGCCCUGACCCGGAUGUGUAUGCGCCACCGUAGCAUUGAAGCCAAACUGAGGCAAUUUACCAAUGCCCUAAUGGAGAGCCUGAUUAAUCCUCUGCAGGACAGGAUAGAGGACUGGAAGAAAACCGCUAACCAGCUUGACAAAGACCAUGCAAAAGACUACAAACGAGCCCGUCACGAGAUAAAGAAGAAAUCGUCUGACACGCUGAAGCUGCAGAAGAAAGCCCGCAAAGAACUUCUUGGGAAGGGGGAUCUGCAGCCACAGCUGGACAAUGCUCUCCAGGACGUCAGCGAUAUGUAUCUCCUCUUGGAAGAGACGGAAAAACAGGCUGUCCGCAAGGCCCUUGUUGAGGAGCGUGGCCGAUUCUGCACCUUCAUCGCUUACUUGCAACCUGUGGUGAAUGGAGAGAUCACCAUGCUGGGAGAGAUCACCCACCUGCAGGGCAUUAUUGAUGACCUGGUGGUGCUGACCGCAGAGCCUCACAAGCUGCCCCCAGCCAGUGAGCAGGUGAUCAAAGAUCUGAAGGGCUCCGAUUACAGUUGGUCUUACCAGACUCCGCCAUCAUCUCCUAGCAGUUCUGGGUCUCGCAAGUCUAGCAUGUGCAGCCUGGCACAGCCUGUGAACGCCAACACCCGCCUGUCCAGUGUCUCAUCACAUGACUCCGGCUUCAUUUCCCAAGAUGCCAUGUUCUCCAAGCCGCCUUCGCCAAUGCCCUCGGAUAUCACCAGUCAGAAGUCUUCCAGCUCCGCUUCGUCCGAGGCCUCAGAGACCUGCCAGUCUGUUAGUGAAUGCAACUCCCCGACCUCGUGGAAACCGCUGAAUGUAGCUCUUGGGGCCAGGACUGAAGGAAGCUCCCGACGAAGCCUCAGCCUGGAUUGGUCUAAAGCCACCCUCUAUGAGCAGCCAGUGGCAAAUACUCUGCAGCGAAGGAAAGACCGCGUCGAGCAUCUCCGGGAGGCAGAGAUGGGCUCUGCCACCCUGGUGUAUCCGGGCGUCAGCUUGGAGGAAGGGUCGAGGCCACGCAUGUCCCCGGCUUCCAUCGCUGCCAAG